AUGCAUCGAUCUGUCGAACAUCCCCACUCGACCCCUGAUGCAGAAUCGGGCUCUGAGGUGAGCGAUCGUUCGCCCGAGAGUCCAACAACUGGAGUCAGUCUGGCUUUCCCUGAAGGAGGCCGACAGGCGUGGACAUGUCUGCUCGGCUCCUUUCUCUUAAUGUCCCCAUCCUUUGGAUUUCAAGCUGCCGUUGGCACCGUCCAAGACUAUAUCAACACACACCAACUCGCCGGGUAUAGUGUUCUGGAUGUGGGCUGGAUCACUGCCAUCCUAGUAUUCCUGACGCUAUUCCUCGGAGUCCAAGUUGGACCUCUAUUCGAUCGAUAUGGGCCUCGAAUCCUGCUGGUCUGUGGUACGGCAGCCAGCUUUACCUCCUAUAUGCUGCUCGCUCAAUGCACAAAGUACUGGCAUUUCAUACUAUGUCUAUCCAUUCUCGGAGGAUUUUCUUCAGCAGUGAUUACAACCGUAUCCAUCGCUGUCCUAAGCCAUUGGUUUCAUCGCCGACGCGCGUUGGCCUCGGGCCUCUGCAUGGCAGGCUCGUCCGCCGGAGGAGCGAUCAUUCCACUCCUCCUCCGGACGCUAUUCCCACGACAUGGAUGGACGAUCUCAAUCCGUGUGAUUGCAUUCAUAGCGCUGGGAUGCUACAUUCUAGGAGUCAUUCUGGUUCGCGGCCGGCUGCCUACGACCGGUAGCGCCAGCAAAGUGACGAUCGACUUCCGCGCAUUCCAAUCCCUGCGUCUCUGCUUUUUAACCGUGGCCGUGUUCUCCUUCGAGUUUAUCAUCUUCGGCUGCGCCGCACUAUUGCCAACCUUUGUGCGCUUUGCUGGGAUGUCGACCAACGUGCAAUCCUUCUCCUUGACCAUCUUGAAUAGCAUGAGCUUUCUCGGGAGGGUUCUUCCUGGGUUUGCGGCCGAUCAAAUCGGCCGUUUCAAUGUGCUUCUGUGCCUGGUGGUCGUUACUCUGAUCGUCAUGGCGGCUGUGUGGCUGCCGUUCGGAUCUCGCGAUGAGAUUACGCUCUAUGUUGUUGUUGCUAUCUUUGGGUUUGGCUCGGGUGGGUGGCUUUCGCUGGCGCCUGUGUGUGCUGGCCAACUGUGCCGCACUGAGGAGUAUGGGAGAUACUACGGCACCAUUUAUUUUGUUGCUGCGUUUGGGGUCUUGUUGACGGUCCCUGUUGGGGGUGAUCUUCUUCAGUCGACGACUCCUCAAAUCCUCAUUGGGUUCUACGCGGCUGUGUUGCUGAUUGGGUCUAUUUCUCUGGCGUUGUCAAGAUGGGCUUUGUUGGAUUGGAAGUGGAAGUGGAAGGUGAAGGUGUAG